GUUACAUCUCUUGUAUAUCCACUUCCUUAGCAGUCACUUUUCUGCAUCCACCAGCCCAGUCAUUCUGAACCCAGUGACAAUUCUUAACAUGAACUGGGAUUUUGCAUUGCAUAUUUUCCUGAUCUAUGUAUCUCAGUCAGCGGUGGCUUUUAACAUCGAUCCAAAUCCAUGGAAAGAAUUCACUCAAAACCAAAACACAGGCUUUGGCUACAAAGUCAUACAGAAAGACAGCGGGAGUUUAAUUGUGAGUGAUCCUUUAAUCCAAAGUGGGAAUAGGAGGGGCAAAGUGUACAGCUGUGAGGUUGCACAAGGAAGAUGCCAACCAAUACGAAUGAAUGAACCCUCUGAGGCUGUCGACAUGUCCCUUGGACUUUCAAUGACAAAAGAUCCUGAAUCUUCUAAUGCAGUGGUCUGUGGCCCAACUAUUCCCAAGAACUGUAAGCACUUUACUGCAUACAACGGCAUGUGUUUUACAUUAAAUUCCAACAAUAGACCAUCAGGACCAAUACCAAGUACUCUAAGAGAUUGCCCACCUCCACCACAAACAGACAUUGCGUUCUUGUUGGAUGGCUCUGGAAGUGUAAGACCCGAGGAAUUUGAAACAAUGAAGAGAUUUGUCAUAAGCAUGGUGAAUGGAUUAAAAGACAGGAAUUUUCAGUUUGCGGUUGCACAGUAUUCUACUCAAUGUUAUAUACACAUAAAAUUCAACACCUUUCGUGGGACUUAUCAAAUAGAACAGAUUGAACAACAUAGGGGCUGGACCUACACGGCUGGGGCUAUCCAAAAAGUUGUGAAUGAAUUAUUUACCCCACAGGCAGGGGCGAGAGAAAAUACUAACAGAGUGCUGGUAGUCAUCACUGAUGGUGAAUCAAAUGACAGGGAUAAUCUGGCAACUGCUGCUUAUAACGCAAAAAAUAAGAAUAUCAUUCGCUAUGCUAUAGGGGUCGGUGGUGCCUUUAACAAUCCAGCAGCAGAGAAUGAGUUGAAAACUAUUGCAUCGGAUCCAGAUGAUAAAUAUGUAUUUAAAGUGAAUGCCUUUUCUGUAUUGACGGAAAUCCAGAACACACUGGAAGAGAAUAUCAUUGCAAUUGAGGGAACCCAGACGUCUGGAGAAUCCACCAGGAUGGAAUUUGCACAGGAUGGCUUCAGUGCAGAUUUUGUUGCAAAUGGGAACAUAAUAAUGAGUGCUGUUGGAGCGUAUCAGUGGAAAGGUGGCUAUCAGAAGUACAAUUACCGUGGAGCACCAGUGAACAGCUUUCAGAAGGGCAACGGUAUUGACAGUUACUUAGGUUAUUCCAUGACAGUCGCAAAAAAAGACCAGCGCUACGUUAUCAUUCAGGGAGCUCCAAGAGAUAAUCACUUGGGGAAAGUGAUCAUAUCAGAAAAUAACAGAGUCGUCCAGACACUAAAUCCUCCUGAGCCUCAAAUUGGUGCCUAUUUUGGUGCUGAGUUAUGUUUGGUGGACUUGAAUUUGGACAACAUUGCAGACCUUCUACUUGUUUCUGCUCCACUGCAUAAUGAGGGGGAUCAGGAAGGAAAAGUCUUCAUCUACACCUUUAUCACAUAUUGGUCCCGGUUACAGGUACGACUUAUACAGACACUGAAAGGAAUUCCAGGACAAAGUGGAAGGUUUGGCAUGACGUUGGCCAGUCCUGCUGAUCUAAAUGGGGACAGUCGGAGGGAUGUAGUAGUAGGAGCGCCUCUAGAGGAGAACGGCCAGGGCAGCAUCUACAUCUUUAAUGGAAGAACAAAAGACAUUAGCCCAACUUUCUCACAGAGGAUCAGCGGCUCAUCCGUGCGUUUUGGGCUGCAAUAUUUUGGGUUUUCUCUGAGUCAGUCUGCUCUGGACCAUAGUGAAGACACGCUGCCAGAUCUUGCUGUUGGUUCCAAAGGAGCAGUCAUCAUUCUAAGAUCUAGACCCAUUGUGAGGUUGAUGAUCACAGUAACUUACACACCGUCCAAAAUCCCCACCAGAGACAACGACUGCAAUAAUCCUUUGCGGAACACAUUACAACUGUGUUUUACUAUGAGUGCCUUAAAUCCUCGGAUGACAGACUUGUCUGCAAAUAUAAACUAUACGUUAAAACUUGAUGCCAAACGACAAAGCUACCGAGCAUUCUUUUCACCGAAACAACGUGUUCAUUAUGGCACAAUGUCUUUGUUGCUGGAGAAGAAAUGCAAGCAGCAUGACUUUUCUAUAGAGUCCUGUCCCAAUGAUGCCCUAAACCCAGUAUCUAAUGAGUUAGUGUAUACAUUUGAGGGUCUCCCAAGUCGGAACAAUUUACGUCCAAUUCUGGAUCCGUCCAUAAAGGACACCUCUGAUUAUAACCUGGAUUUUGAAAUAAACUGUGGACCUGAUAAAAUCUGCAUUGAUGAUCUUAAAGUGGAUUUUAACUUUUCCGGACACUCGGUUAUACAAGUGGGAAUAAUGCAGGAAAUGAAUGUAACUGUCUUUAUAGAGAACAGAGGGGAAAAUUCCUACAACAGUCGUGUAAUUCUCCGAUACCCAGUUGGACUUUCCUUCAGGAAAUUCACCACUAAACAGGGCAGACUAGAGUGUGUUUCUGUGGAUAGUGAUGACAAAGCUCGACUUGGGGAGACUACUUGUUAUAUCAGUAAACCCAUCUUCAAAAAUAAUGGCUUGGCUAUUUUUGAUGUUACAUACAAUAUAAAUAAGGACAGUAACUUUGACAGGAUGGUGACAUUCACUGCAUCUGCUUCCAGUGACAAUGACAGACAUUCAUCUCACGAAGAAGUAUUCAAAAGCAAAACCAUUGAUGUUAAAUAUGCCAUCUACGUUGCAUUGAUCAGGGAUGAGAAUUCCACCAUCCACAUUAACUUUACUGCAGGGAAAAAUGACCUUGAAAAGCCAGUUCAGCAAAUAUUCAAGGUGGAGAAUGACCUCAGGGAUUUGAACGUUGACAUUUUCAUCAGAGUACCCAUAAAAUUAGGAGAUAAAAACAUCUGGGCUAAUAACUUGCAGAUUCAAGGCUGUAAUAAAAGCAGAGACGAAAAACCCACAAUUGGUGAUUUUGUUGCAGCACUGAAAAAAAAACCUGAGGUGAAUUGCUCCAUAGCUGUGUGCGGAGUGUUUAAAUGUGCUGCAAAUCUCUUUAAAACACAACCGAAGUUCUAUAUCAUCUCUGGUAAUGUCAGCUCGGGAUGGAUUGAACAGACCGGACUACGAUCAGUGGUUUUUGAGCUGGUCAGUACAGCAACACUGGACUAUAACAGAACAACAUAUAUCUACUUCUCAUCUGAUUCUACAAACACUGAACCUAUUGGCAAGAUUAAUACCCAGGUGGAGGUGUAUGAAGAGAAAUUCCCAAUUAAGGAGAUAAUUGGAGGUGUUGUUGGAGGGCUUGUGCUAUUGGCUCUUAUCGCCGCCGGCCUCUACAAGGCUGGGUUCUUUAAAAGCAACUAUAAGAAGAUGUUGGAGGAGGCAGGAGCAGGGGCCGAGGGAACCGGAGGACCAAGUGAAGAUUGAUUUAUCUUCUCCACAUUAAUUGCAAAAUUACAUUUAAUUUUAUAUGCAGUAUAACGUGUUAGAGUUAGUUGUUUCUUAUCUUAGGGAAAUUUUCAUAAGUGUACACAGCACUUUUCUGAUUAUUCCUGAAGACCUGACAUGCUUAAAAUUCAAAAGAAAAACAAAAGUUACUUAGAACCUUUAGGACUAAGUUUUUCUUAUAGCUUCUGCAGCUUACAAUGCAUUGUCAAGUAUGAAGGUUGGCAUGCUCUAUUCACUAACACGCGUAAGUGCUUACUAUUUGCUGCAACUAAAUAAUUUCUGCUUAAAGAUCAAAUAUGACAAUGAGUGUGCAAGUUUUUUAUUUUAGAUUUUAUGU